AUGUAGAUAAAUUGUGACUAAGCUGGUCAUCAAAAUCAAUCAAUAAUUGGUUUUUGCAUAGAUAUUACAUGCAAAAAUUUAAUACACUAUUGUAAUUUUUGCUUGCCUCUUCAUGACAAACAUUUUCACAUGCUAACCCCCUUAAAUCUUAUAAACGAAUGGGUUUAGUAACGAAUCCUUAGAGUUCAUAAUGUUUAAAACAAUAUACAAGAUUUCAAAGGUUCCCUAGAUGAUCUUCUAAAUUGGUUCGAUCCUUAUUUUAACUUUAAUAUAAAUUAAAUGCCUGAAUUAGGAUUAUCAGAGAUUGAUAAUUUGGUCAAAAAUCUAUUUUAAAUAGAAGAAUGUGAAAAACUGUUAUUUAGAUUACUUAAUCAAUUAAUUGAAUAAGUAAAAUAGAUUGUUAUCGAAAUACUAAAAACAUUAAAGAGAUAAACCAAUUUAAAUGAAAUUAAUAAUUCAUCAAUUUCACGUAUUGAUUAAUUAAUAUUGGAAUAACCAAAGCAUCUCUAAAAGUUAAAAUCAAAUCUUAACCAUAUUACAUAUGAGUUCUUGAAUAAAAAUUCCAUUGAAUAACAGGAAUACUGUUAUGGAAUUGCUUUUAAUCAGGAUUGCUCCAUUGUAGCAGCAGGAUGUUCUAGUUCUAUAAAAAUAUAUGAAUUAAGGCAUAAAUGCAACUCUUGAAUCAACAUCAAGAUUGUGUGACCACUUUAAAUUUUAUGAAAAAAUCCAAUUAGCUUAUAUCUGGAGAUUUAGUUGGAUCUAUUUUGAUUUGGUCAAUCAAUCAUAAUAAUUAAUGGAUAUGCCCAUAAUAACUUGAAGAACACAAUGAUCGUGUAAAUUGUUUAAUUGUGAAUAAUAACGAAGAUAUUAUUAUAUCAAGUAGUUUAGAUCAGACUAUUAAGUUUUGGAUUAAAAAAAUGAAUGGACUUGUUAAUAAACAAUAACACAUCAUAAACGUGGUUUUUAUUAAUUAAGUUUAAAUGACAAAUAAAAUAAAGUUUUUUCCUAUGGUGACAAUCAAUUAAUAUUAGUAAUCGAGUAUUAGGAUUAGAAUAAAUAAUGGAUGGUAAUAUAAAAUAUUCAAGUUGAUUCAUAAGGAUUUAGAUUAUGUUAUAUCAACGAUAAUCUUUUCACAUUUCAUCCAAAGAAAGGCAAUUUGAUAAAUGCCUAUGAGAUGAAUAAUUUAAGCAAAUAAUACAUUCAAACCAAAACUAUCUCUGUAAAUCUAGGUAAUGACUUUUAUCUAUUUUUCCCAUAAUAAUAUAUCAAUUCAAAAUAGUUACUUGUGAGUAAGCAUGAUAAUUACGUCAAUUUAAUAAGAAAGACAGAUAAUGAUCAAUUUAAAGUAGAGUAAUCUAUUUAGUUUUGUAGUAAUACAUUAUUUGGGUGCAUGAGUGAUGAUGGAUAAUAUCUGAUUACUUGGGAUGAUUCAUCUAAAGAAAUACAAAUUAGGAUAUGUAAAGAAGAAUGA